AUGGACAUUGCCGACACUGCGGGGUGUUUCCGCUACUACGGCGGCCUGGCGGACAAGAUUGAAGGCAAAACCAUCGAGCAGAAGGAGGGCGAGAAGCUGGCGUUCACGCGACUCGAGCCGCUGGGCGUGUGCGGGCAGAUCAUCCCGUGGAACUAUCCGAUUGGCAUGUUGGGUUGGAAGGUGGCACCGGCGCUCGCGGCGGGCAACUGCAUCGUUUUGAAGCCUGCUGAGCAGACGCCACUCAGUGCCCUGCGAAUUGCGCAGCUUUCCGUCGAAGCCGGUCUGCCUCCCGGCGUGUUCAACGUCAUCAACGGAUUGGGGCCCAUCGUAGGAGACGCCAUCACGGGCCAUAUGGAUGUCGACAAGGUUGCGUUUACAGGAAGCACCGCGAUCGGCAAGCGCGUCAUGGAACGCGCCGCUCGCUCGAACCUCAAGAAAGUUACGCUCGAACUCGGCGGCAAGUCGCCCGUGGUGGUGUUCGACGACGCCGACAUUGACCAAGCUGUCAACUGGGCCGCACUGGGCAUCCUCUUCAACCAGGGCCAAGACUGCACUGCCGGGUCCCGCCUCUUUGUCCAAGAGGGUAUCUACGACACGUUCAUCCCCAAACUCGUCGCCGCCUUCCGCGCACACCACAUCGGCGACCCCUUUGACAACGCCACCUUCCAAGGCCCCCAGAUCACCCAGCGCCACCAAGAGAGGAUCCUCGACUACAUCGAGUCUGGCAAGCAGCAGGGCGCCAAGGUCGAGAUCGGCGGUGGCAAGUGGACUGAGGGAGCCGGCGACUUCGCAAGUGGCUACUAUGUCGAGCCUACGAUCUUCAGCGGAUGUAGCAAGGGCAUGAAGAUUGUGGAUGAGGAGAUCUUCGGCCCCGUGCUCGCGGUGGCCAAGUUUAAGGACGAGGCGGAAGCGAUCCAGUUGGCCAACGACACGUCGUACGGGUUGGGUGCGGGCGUGUUCAGCACCAACGCGAGCAGAUGCAUGCGUGUCAGUGGAGCAAUCCAGGCAGGCACCGUGUGGGUGAACAACUAUGUGGUGGUAAGCAACGCCGUUCCAUUUGGCGGGUUCAAGUCGUCCGGCAUCGGAAGAGAGCUGGGCGUGGACGCGAUCAAGGAAUACACACAGGUCAAGUCGAUACACUGGAACUUUGGCGAGUCGCUCGAUUGGCCGCUCUCCGGCUGA